ACYGGUCUUAAACUCUCAGGUUCCCAGGCUGACUGGAGUUGAGGAACAUCGAUAUUUUUGUCAAGGAUCGUAACWACCUUUUUUGUGGACUACCUCUAACUGGGAAAAAAUAUCAGCCACCAUGCCGAUCUUAAAGCAGCUAGUYGCCUCCUCUGCCCAGACGAAGCGGCGCUCCCGUAUGGACUUAACCAGGGAGAUGAUCAGUGCUCCUUUAGGGGACUUUCGCCACACCAUGCACGUGGGCCGCAGCGGCGAUGCUUUUGGAGACACUUCUUUUCUGAGCUCACACUCAGGGGAACCCACCCCCGAGACCAAAUCCUUCCCUCGAUCCCCCCGGCCCGGCCUCUUGUUGCGCACCUUUCGAAGCAGCAAGCGCUCCCAGUCGGUAAACAGAGUGGACGAMCAGGGGGAAAACAACCUAACUGUUUCCGAAGUCUCCCCCGUGUAUGUGAAAAAUGCCAUGUCGCUGCCUUUCCUCAACGAUGAAAGCACGGGGAACAGCAUGGUGUCAAAGAGUUUGUCAUCAAGCCCGUUUAAGCAGCAGGGGGAGAUGGACGGCGGCGGUGCGGCCGCAGCCACCAGUUUCCUGGAGCUGCAGGAGCGGCGCUUCGGUGAGCUGACCGAGCUGCCGGAGGGCGUCGUUCCCUGCGGAGGUGGCAUGAAGCACGCCGAGUCCGUCAUGUCCUUCCACGUCGACCUGGGACCCUCGAUGCUGGGAGACAUCUUGAACGUGAUGGAGAAGGAAGAGGACGAUCUCGGCUUCGAGGAAGGCAAGAACAGCGAGGGCCGAGCCUCACCAGCCCUCAGCCGUCACGGUGAGGAAGAGGACGGCGCGAAGAGCGAGGAGGACGAGGACGGACACGGGCAGAUGGAGGAAAACGGCGACGCGUCAGAGUCGAUCCAGGAGGCCCGCACGCAUCAAGACAGCUCUGUAGACCUGAGGGCCGAGGAUGAGGGUCCGUACACUCCAGAGUACACCCCUGAGGUCCGACCCAAACACAUGCUGCACCUGGACAGCUGCUCCAUGUCCAGUUCUGGCUCCGCCGCUCUGGAUGAGAAACCAAACUAUKAGAAUUACACGGGAGAUACUGACAGCGCCACAUUCAGUGCACCGCCAGAGGAGGAGAGCAACUUCUCAUCUUUCCUGGAUGAAGAAGACGACGAAAUCCAUGUAUGAGCAUACAAGAGUCCCUUUUUUUAGGGGAACCAAAAAAGCUCACAUUCUGAAGCGAUUUGUGAGUUUUCACYGGAAGGUGAUGCUGUAGUAGAGCACUCUGGGGGAUGGCUUGUGAAGAAGAUGGAACUUUUUGUUUGAUAAAGUGUGAAUUCCUCCUUUAGGAGAUGCCCAGCUUGCUCUUUUGAGCACCGGGACAACUGACACGAGCUGGAAGAGACUUUUUGAAUGCGACAGAAACAAGUGGGGAGUGUUUGUCUAAAAAGGAACUUUGGUAUAAAAAGAAAACAUUUCCCACAACUAAAACCCAGUUUAGUCUUUUUUUCUUUCCUUUCUGUCUGUUUUCACUUGAUUCGCCUCUUUUUUUUUUUUGCCUCCGAGCUUUUUCUCUCUAACUGUGGGACAUCAUGCGGCCUGAGCAGAACAGAAGACCUCUGUCACUCACGGAUCACCGGUGGGCGUCUUGUCACAAUAAAAGGGAGCUGUGUUUGUGACUGGAGUGUGAGGCCCUGCAUUGAGCUGCUUUCAUCAGAAACAUAUUACCYCAGAUCCGCAUAUCUAUCAAACUACCUUUUUAUUCUAACUUAAUGUAACUCAGGGUCCCUGUGACGCUCUCGUAGGCUGCCUUCUCCCAAUUUAGAGCAAAGACCACAAAGCCCAAACCGAAAUUCUGAUCUGUUAUUAAUUCACUGGCUGCCACCCAGGCCUGGACUCGGUUAAAGAUGAAAAGAAAUGCAUUGGGUCGGCUAUAAAGAAAUGUGUUAUCAGAAGAAACCAGAGGUGGGGAGAGUGUCACACAGUUGUCUGUUUAUCUUUUUUUUCCUAAUAAACUGUUUACUUUUUGAACAUUUCUGUCAACAGACACACAGUUCAGCUUCUUUUUUUGUUUUAUGUUUAAACUGAUUAGCCCUUGUUAACACCCUUCCCCUUUUUUACAUCCGAAGAACUGCUGUGCCACAGAAAAACUGAUACUCAGUCAAGACGGCUGCCUUAUGGAAACUGUUUUCAUCACUACAUAUGAGUAGAUUUUGUUUGUUUCUAACUCAAAUGUACUGGCAGAUAAAGUAAACCAGACACUGUUUGUUGUUUAAUUUCUGUUUUUCUUUCUUUUUUUCAUCCUAGAAAAUCUCUCUUUCAGUUUCUUUGUCUGUUCGUUUGAACAGCAGAUCAAAAACACGACACAGCCGGCAUUAGAUGCAAGAGCAUUAAGGCAAGAUUGCGGUUUUCUUUUCUGUUUUUGUAAGUUGCACUGUCAUUGCAGCUUGACUCUACCUCUUGCAUCAUUAAAUCCAUGAGACUUCCUUGGCGCUGAUUGAUUUGACUGCCUUAACUUAAACUGACAGAUGUGCUAUAUGCUAAUUUUCCAGGCCAAAAGUCGUUUCACGUGUGAAAUGUCCAAUUUUCUUUUCACUUGUGUCUGUUUAUUCACUGUUGAACAGUUAGACUUGUAUGUUAAAAAAAUAAUAAAAAGUUUUUUUUAAAGUACCAUACCCAAGAAUAGGAGGUGAAGAAUAAGUUUGCGUAACUGGAUAUUUACAGCUGACACACUACACAUUAUAGUCUGGUGGUUUCAAAGGUUUGUGUGAGUGAGGUGUUUUUUAUGCUUUUAUUAUGCCUCACUGUUUCACUGUUACAGUGUAUUCCCAAUCUUUUUUUUUUUCCUGUAAUAUCUAAAAUGACCUAUAUUUUUCAAUAAAAUAAAAUCUUGAGUAUCA